AUGGGAGCCAGCGGGACCCUCGCAAACCGAGAUCUGCAGCGGGUGAGUGCGAUGAUGGACACCCGCGACCAGCGGAUGGAGGCGAUGCUGGCUCAAAACAUGCAGCAUGUCAGCGAGGGCGCCACGCGGCCGCUGCAUGGGGAAGCUGGCCUGUCACCGGACAGCGAUAUGGGCUUUCACCAGCUGGGCAACGACGAGCUGCCGGCGCUGCUUGACGUCGAGCCGGGCUGUGACCAGCAGGGCGAUGAUCCUGCAGAAGACGUGCUGGAAGCGAUGCAAAGACAGUUUGAUGAUGACCAGUGA